UUCAAACCAAAUAAACCACCUCGACAACAUCCCGUUCUAUCGCCCCACAACAAGCAUAGCAAAGACUAGGAAGAGCAAGCCAAGAUGACUGCCAUCGUAGCCGGACCUCUGUUGGGUGGACUUGUCGGAUCGGCGGUCUAUUAUACCAUCUCGCAAACGAUCAGCAACCGAACCUCAUUGAUCCGUUCCGAACUUCACGACUGCGCCGUCGCCCUCUCCGCCCACUCCUCCUCAAACUCCUCAUUCACCCAAUCCCCUACCCCUACCUCCUCUCAACUCUCUCAUCCUUACCCUCACUACCGCCCCCUCUCUGACCAACUUCGAACUCGAUGGAACUCUAUUCUGGAAAAGACGGUCACUGGGGUGGAGACGACCGAUUGGCAGAACGUCCUCGGUGGUGUCUGGGAUGCCGCUAGCGGAGUCGUCCAUCGGGUCACUACGAACACCUUCUCCCCUCGAGUAGGGGAAGAAGAAUCGAGCUCCUCAUCUUUUGGAUACUCAGUAGCCCCCAGGGAGGGGGUUGUGGAUGCCCUCAAACACAAACUACACGAUAUCCAAGCGAGCACUACCAACGCCUUGGAAUCCGCUCUUCAUUCGCACCAGUCCUCCUCUACGAGCUCCACCUCGACACCAUCCAACUCUGUUCGCAAAGACGUGGAAUUCGUCAAACAAAAAGAACUCGCCCUGGCGACUACCUUGCGUGAUGGCAAGAUCCCCGGGAGCUUGAACGAUCCGUUGGGCAAGCGGGUGGAGAAGGCUUUGGGGGUGGAUGAUGUUGGCAGCGGGAGGAUGGUUUAAGUAGAGGUUAUCUGCAAUGGCCUGGACUAGGGAUUACGGGACGGUUGGAAUUGGAGGAGAGGGCAGUCGGAGGUUAACGGAAAGGAUACGAAGACGCGCCCGAAUCUCACGUCGGUCGGUAGCGCAAUACGGGUUACGGAUGUGACGUUUAGACGGGUCUGAUAGAUGUUUAUACGAUAAGGAUGACACGGACGCAUCUCGUAGCCCAGUCGCUUGCGGCUUGUGCCCAUCGAAUGAAGAGGAGUGUUCCAAGUUGUAACCUCUUGCGCUAACGUUGUGUGCUGAUCGAUCUCCGAUCACGACCGAGUCGCAACCCUUCGCGCAGGUCCUUGAACCUUUCGCGUGAAAUGGGACUGUCCCGCUUGGUCCUAUCCUCUACCUCUAAGGCCUCUAAAGACAUAAUCAUAACCUGU